UUGUGUAAGAAUCUCAGAAUCCAACGACGAACAAGAACCAGGCCAAUAAGGUUAAUAGCCAUGUCUGCAACUGAGGAAGGACCUGAGCUACAGGAACAUUUAAGUUCAGAUUCUACAGCAAACAAAAUUAAAUCUAGAUACACCGAUGUCAUGAAAAGACAAGAACAACUUGAAGCUAAAUCAUCUUUUUCCAAGGCAUUCAGCAGCCUGAAGAACUCUGAAUUCUAUGAGGAACCACCUGAAGGAGUGAAAGUCCCAGGAGGAAAUGCUCCCAAGUCUCUAGGGACAGGUGCAAAACCUUCCUCUAAUAACUGUGUCAUUGUUAGCUCAAGGCAAAGAGGCAACCCCAUACUAAAAUCAAUUCGAAAUGUCCCAUGGGAGUAUGGGGAGAUAGUGCCAGACUAUGUAAUGGGGAGUACCACCUGUGCUAUGUUUUUGAGUCUUCGUUACCACAACCUCAACCCAAACUACAUUCACGACCGACUCAAGCAACUCGGCUACCAGUACGAGCUGCGUGUUCUGCUUGUGCUUGUUGACGUGAAGGAUCCACAUCAUGAGCUGAAACAGCUAACAAAGAUCUGUCUGAUGGCUGACAUGACCCUAAUUUUGGCAUGGGACCAGGAAGAGGCGGGACGAAUCAUAGAAGUGUAUAAGAUGUUUGAGCACAAGCCACCUGACCUUAUAAUGGAAAAGCAGGAUGCUAAUCCUUAUUCUAUGCUUGUUGAUGCUCUCACAUCUGUGAGGUCCAUUAAUCGCACAGAUGCCAUGACCCUGUUGUCAACAUUUGGCUCAUUAGAGAAGAUCAUAGAAGCAACUGAAGAGGAGUUGUCAAUGUGUCCUGGAUUUGGACCUCAGAAGGCUACUCGGCUUCACAAGGUCUUACACCAAAACUUUAAAAAGCCUCAGUACCAGAAAAAGAAGCCAGACCGGCAGCCAGCAAGUAGUUCCUCAGACAAAGUAGCAUCACAAGUACCUGAGUCCUCUGUAGAAAAGAAUAGUUAAUAAAUGACCUGGAGUGUUUACUUGA